AUGGAAGUAUGUUACCAGCUGCCCGUGCUGCCGCUGGACAGGCCGGUGCCGCAGCACGUCCUCAGCCGCAGAGGGGCCAUCAGCUUCAGCUCCAGCUCCGCGCUCUUCGGCUGCCCCAACCCCCGGCAGCUCUCGCAGAGACGUGGAGCAAUUUCCUAUGACAGCUCUGAUCAGACUGCGUUGUACAUUCGUAUGCUAGGAGAUGUGCGAGUAAGAAGUCGGGCAGGAUUUGAAACAGAGAGAAGAGGUUCUCAUCCAUACAUUGAUUUCCGUAUUUUUCACUCAAAUUCUGAAAUCGAGGUCUCUGUGUCUGCAAGAAAUGUGAGAAGGUUGCUUAGUUUCCAGCGAUACCUGAGAUCUUCCCGUUUUUUCCGUGGUAUCACUGUUCCAAAUUCUUCAAACAUUUUAGAUGAUGAUUAUAAUGGACAAGCAAAGUGUAUGCUGGAGAAGGUUGGAAAUUGGAAUUUUGAUAUUUUUCUUUUUGAUAGACUGACAAAUGGAAACAGUCUAGUCAGCUUAACCUUUCAUCUUUUUAAUCUACAUGGACUAAUUGAACACUUCCAGUUAGAUACGAUGAAACUUCGUAGAUUUUUGGUUAUGGUUCAAGAAGAUUAUCACAGUCAAAAUCCUUAUCAUAAUGCAGUUCAUGCUGCUGAUGUGACUCAGGCCAUGCACUGUUACUUAAAAGAGCCCAAGCUUUCCAAAUCUUUAACUCCAUGGGAUGUCCUGCUCAGUUUAAUAGCAGCUGCCACACACGAUUUGGAUCACCCAGGUGUUAACCAACCUUUCCUAAUUAAAACAAAUCAUUAUUUAGCAACUUUAUAUAAGAAUACCUCAGUAUUAGAAAACCAUCACUGGAGAUCAGCUGUGGGGUUGCUGAGAGAAUCUGGUUUAUUUGCACAUAUGUCAUUAGAAAACAGGCAGCUGAUGGAGAGCCAGAUAGGUGAUCUCAUUCUUGCCACAGACAUCAGUCAACAAAAUGAGUACCUGUCCAUGUUCCGGUCCCAUUUGGAUAGAGGAGAUCUAUGUUUAGAGAAUGCAAACCAUCGUCACUUCAUCUUACAGAUGGCUUUGAAGUGUGCAGAUAUUUGUAACCCCUGUCGGACAUGGGAGCUGAGCAAGCAGUGGAGUGAAAAAGUAACAGAGGAGUUCUUCCAUCAAGGUGAUAUUGAAAAAAAAUAUCACUUGGGUGUGAGUCCACUUUGUGACCGACAGACAGAAACUAUUGCCAACAUCCAGAUUGGUUUUAUGACUUACUUAGUGGAACCACUGUUUGGGGAAUGGGCCCGGUUUUCCAACACAAGGCUGUCACAGACAAUGCUUGGCCACCUGGGACUGAACAAGGCAAGCUGGAAGGGAGUGCAGAGGGAACAGUCAGGCAGUGGUGAUGAUGUUGACCCCACUUUUGAGGAAAUGGACUCAGACAUUUUACCUCAGGAACCUCGAUUGUCCUGA